CACAUAUUUCUUGUCCCUUGAAACCUGAAACCGAAAAUGGGCAACCAGGUUCCUAAUCUGCCAGUUGAGCUGAUUUCACGCAUCUUGGAAAAUGUUUCGUCAAAAACAACCUUGAAAAACGCUACUCUGUGUUCACGACAAUGGUAUGACAUUGCAAUACCACACUUGUAUUGCCAAAUCGAUGUGGGUGAAGGUCAUCAAGACGAAGGCGUCGUGAGAUCACUAACUAUCCUCUUCCUGCGAAAUGCCAAGCUCGCAGCACAUGUACGACAUUUCAGCAUACGCCCAGCAUUUGAUGAUGGCCCUGUAGAGCAGAAGACCCCAGAGGAUUCGGUUGAAGCCAUACUGGCCCAAAAAGCAGACCUUGAGGACGAGAUCAAAGCCGCCGUGAAGGUGGCUAGCCAAUCCGACGAAGAGCAUGCGAAAUGGCUCGAACUGAUGGGUACUGAAGAUGAAGACUGUCUUCUCGCUUUACUCCUGCCAAGAUUUACAAACCUUGAAACGUUGGAUCUGGAGAUACCAAUAUCUCCCAAUUAUAUCGAUCGUAUGCUGUGGCGAGUCGGCCGCGGUGAGCAGCCUUUCGACAACGAGCCGACAUUCGCUCGAUUGAAUUCGAUUGCGUGGUUCCAUAUCGACAGUAAGUACGGAGGGUCUCUCCCAGCUGGAUGCUUCACCUUACCCUCAGCACGUGCUAUCUACCUGCAUCGAAUGGGGAGCAGCGAUGGAGACGACCCAGACAAAAAGUUAUCCCAGAUCGAGCAUGGGACUUCAGGAUGCACACAUCUCGAGAUGCACGACUGCAGACUCAAUGAUCCGGACAUCAAGAAUAUAAUCACUGUUCCAAAGAAGCUGUCUACGUUCAUAUACGAAAUCGGGUGGGGCCACCUGUCAUAUUGUUCAGUCAAUUUCCAGCCACUUCGAGAUGCUCUCGAAGCCCACCAGAGCUGUCUCGAAGAUCUCUGGCUGGAUUACUCACAUGACGGUAUCGAAUGGUUAGAUGACAUGGACGGAGUAUCAUCCAUGGCUAGCUUCAAGCAUUUCUCAAAUCUUAAGCGUCUGCGUAUUGCGCCGGAUUUUAUUUUCGGGGGAAACUUAAGCCUGGAAGAGCAAGGAGAGGAAAGCAGGCAGAAGCUGCUCCUAGAGUUUCUCCCACUCAACGUUGAGACGCUCCACAUUACACACGGUGACCAAUAUGAGGAGAUGCUUUACAAGGCGCUCGAGCAUCUCCUUACGAACAAAGAAUCUUGUCUGCCGGAUCUACGAAAGCUCACUUUCGAGACAUCGCUUGCUAAGGUCGAGAAAGACCGUGGCGAUAGACUCGCCGCCAUUCUUCAACUUGCAGAAAAGGUCGGAUUGCCAGUGACCUUGUUGAACAACUGGGGAGACGCUAAGUACAGUAAUUAUGACAGCCGCGUUGAGCGGAAAUGGGGUAUGGACGAAGAUAUCGAGUGGAAGCCAUGUGGAAGCUACUGCAACGAGCGGCCCGUCUAUGAGAUCAUCGAUUUACAACACUAAGAAGCUACAAUCGUACAUAAACUUUCACCCACAAAAUUCUGUGAGAGAAGAGUGUCGGAACCUCUGGUAGCUGUUAGAGAAAUGAAAGAGAACUGCUCGACUAUCACUUAUGCAGGGCGAACUCCACUGGCGCAGCAGGUGGUCGGCUUCGAAACAGCGGGAAAGCAACCCUUGACUCUGUACAGAACCCUCC